AUGAAGUUCACUGCUUCUUUCAUUGCCCUCUUCGCAGCAGGUGCGUUUGCUGCUCCCUCUGGCCAUGGCCUUGCUGCUCGUGUUGCUGGACGAAACCGUUCUUCCCAGCCCAAACUGCCCGCCGUCAACGAGCCUGCCACUAAUGAUACCAACGCCGACUACUCGACCAACUGGUCUGGUGCUGUCCUGACCUCGCCUCCAUCUGGCACCACCUUUACCUCUGUGUCUGCUGAAUUCACCGUCCCAACUCCCAAAGCUGUCGACGGCAAGUCUGGCUCGUCCUCUGCCUGGGUUGGUAUUGACGGUGACACCUACACCAAAGCCAUUCUUCAGACUGGUGUUGACUUCAGCGUUGACGAGCUUGGCCUCACCUCUUUUGAUGCCUGGUACGAGUGGUACCCAGACUACGCGUAUGAUUUCUCUGGAAUCUCGAUCAGUGCCGGUGACUCUAUCUCCGUCUCGGUCGUUGCCAGCUCUUCCUCUGCUGGAACUGCCACCAUUGAGAACCUGAGCACUGGUGAGAAGGUCCACAAGGCCCUCACUGCUCCCGAGUCAUCCGCUACGCUCGGUGGCCAGAAUGCCGAAUGGAUUGUUGAGGACUUUGAGGAAGGCGACAGCUUGGUGUCUCUCGACAACUUUGGGACUGUCACCUUUACCAAAACCUCUGCCGGUCUCUCCAGCGGCGAAUCUGUCGGCAACGAUGGUGCUGAUAUCCUCGACAUUAAGCAGAACGGCAAGGUCUUGACCUCCGCCUCUACUCCUAGCUCUUCUGAGGUCGUUGUUGAAUACUCCGGCUAA